UCUUUUGGUACAGUCCAGUCCAGAGAACUAGAUGUCGCUGUACACAAUUGGAACGCCAUUGUGGAUCAAUAUUGCAAUUGAAGUUAAUGGCGAGAAGGAGCUCCGUUGAGCCAAAAUGGCGUCUGGGCAACUAUGUUAAACACUGACACAGGGGUUACCACGUUUGGUACAUUCCAGGUGACUAGCGUACAAGAUGGCAGCCCCGAUGGACGAUGAAUUUGAAGAUGCGCCUGAUGUUGAGCCAUUGGAGCCUACUUUAAAGAACAUUAUAGAACAGAAAUCACUCAAAUGGAUUUUUGUUGGUGGAAAAGGCGGCGUGGGCAAAACGACGUGCAGCUGUAGCCUGGCGGUCCAGUUGGCAUCGGUAAGGGAGAGCGUGCUCAUUAUCUCCACGGAUCCUGCUCACAACAUAUCUGAUGCGUUCGACCAGAAGUUCUCCAAGGUGCCCACCAAGGUCAAAGGUUAUGACAACCUGUUCGCUAUGGAGAUUGACCCGAGCCUUGGUGUGGCCGAACUGCCUGACGAGUUCUUUGAGGAGGAGAACAUGCUCAGCAUGGGCAAGAAGAUGAUGCAGGAGGCCAUGAGCGCCUUCCCCGGCAUCGACGAGGCCAUGAGCUACGCCGAGGUUAUGAGGCUAGUGAAGGGGAUGAAUUUCUCCGUGGUGGUCUUUGACACGGCCCCCACAGGCCACACGCUGCGACUCCUGAACUUCCCCACCAUCGUGGAGAGGGGGCUGGGCCGCCUCAUGCAGAUCAAGAACCAGAUCAGCCCAUUCAUCUCCCAGAUGUGCAAUAUGCUGGGCUUGGGUGAUAUGAAUGCAGACCAACUGGCCUCUAAGCUAGAGGAGACCCUACCUGUCAUUCGCUCCGUUAGUGAGCAGUUUAAAGACCCGGAGCAGACGACGUUCAUCUGUGUGUGUAUCGCGGAGUUCCUGUCCCUGUACGAGACGGAGCGUCUGAUCCAGGAGCUGGCCAAGUGCCGCAUCGACACCCACAACAUCAUUGUCAACCAGCUGGUGUUCCCUGACGGGGAUCGACCCUGCAAGAUGUGUGAGGCGCGACACAAGAUCCAGUCCAAGUACCUGGACCAGAUGGAGGACCUGUAUGAGGAUUUCCACAUAGUUAAACUGCCUCUUUUACCCCACGAGGUGCGUGGGGCAGACAAAGUCAACACCUUCUCCAAGCAACUCUUGGAUCCCUACAACCCUCCUAAAAAGUGACCCCUCCCUUCUCUCCCUGGCUCUUCACUGACCGCCACGACCCGCCCACCCUCACCACACCUUCAGUGACCUCUGACCUCCGACCCUUGACCCCGUGGCCCCUCUGCUCUCGGUCCAACAGACAGCAAGCCCAGCUCAGCCCAGCCCACUCCAGCUCAGCCAAUCCCAGCGCAGCGCAGUCCAGCUCAACCAAUCGCAGCGCAGCAGCACUAGCCCUGAGGAGCUCAAGUCUGCUCCACACUACACCACACCACACGACCAGACACAACACAACUCGACUCAAAGAUUUUAUCUCUGAUCUCAUCUCUCUCAUCACCACGACUACGCACCAGAGACGUCCUUCUACUACGAUCACCACAGGACUACUCUUUAUUCUCUCUCUCUUUGUGUUUUUGUCCAUGGGAAGACUUGGAAGAGUUUGUCAUGUGCAUAUAUCUUUAAUGUCAAGGAAAAAAAAAAAGAACCAGUAGACUAAUUUUGUGUAAAAGGCUUGCUUUUGAUUUAUUGAAUGAUUAUUUGUUUUUGUUUUUGGCUCUUGUCUUAGCCCACUGGUUGUGCCUGUUUAGGUGAGGUCAGGUAGAAUGUAUCUCAAAAACAGUUACAUGCUCAACCCUGCGAUGGAUACUUGUUUUUAACCUUCAACCAAUAGCAGGAGGCCAGGGAGAUGACAGGCAGGUGAUGGGGGUGUUGUGGGUGUUGUGAUUGGUGUUUUUUUUCAUAGGAGGCCUGAAGACCAUUUGGCUUGCAGUGAUGUGGAGUAGCAGGGUUCAUUAGCGCACACACACACACACCUGAACUCUUCAGAUUCCGGUUAAUGGUCACUCUUCCCUGUUGUGUGGCCAUGACUACGACCAUGAUCUUCACCCCCAUUAAACCAUAAACCCUCUCUGUUCCUGUGUCAGUCUCACAGCCCCAGAGCUGUGGUGCUUCACUGGCGCUUGGGCCCAUGUGGACUCUGGCCCUGGCCUCUUAGCAUGCCCCUUAAGCUUGAAGAUAAGUGCCCCUUAUUAAUGCUGUUUGGAGUUUUACUAUGUGAUUCAUAAUAUAUUGUGUAAUCAUAUUUAAUAAUAAUCAUCAUAAUAAUAAAUUAAGUAAUUAGGUGAAAAUG